CCACCACUUGAAGAUUCGCACACACCAUUAGCAGAUGUGUUAGUGUUUGUUUUGUAUACGUAUAUGCGCAUGCAUGCGUGCAUGUGUGUGUGUGUGGUUUGGGGGGGGGGGGGUGUUGCGUUACGAGCCCUCGCUACUGGCAAUGGCCUCGUCAGAAAUGAGGGAAUCGAUCGUGUCGCAGGAGUCCUCGCGUUCUGGUUGAUCGAUGGUGCGUGCAGGUAGGCUCUAGGCUUACGCAUCUCGAUACCUUUCUGUAAGUCUCCAUAGCUGGAAUAUGCGUCGUGGCGAGGUCAGUUUGGGACAUACACAUAUCUCCUCUGCCAGAACGAUCGUAGAAAUAUUACUUUUAGUUAAAAGAAUAGUUAAAACGUUCACCUGUCACCCCCACACUACGAUCUGUACGAAUGAGACGUGUGGCCGCCAUUUAUUCAGAGGAAAGUCUGUGUCGUGCAGAUUUCGUCAUUCGCCUAAUGGAGAAGAACGGAUUCCCUUCUCCGAAAAUGGAAAAGUGUCGAAUGAAUCCACCGCUGGGCUGUCAGAGAUUUCUUCUGACCUAUUUAGGCCACACAUACGGUAUGAGACAUUGUCGGAUGCAAAGCUUAUUUCAUCCAUACAUAACUCGACGGAUCUGUUUGAUUCCGCUACUGAAAGACUUCAAAAGAUAUUAUUGAAUCCGAAUUUUCCUUUUGUCUUUGGAAAAAUUCUUUUAAAAAGUAGUCCUAUUUAGCCGGUGCCGAGGGACUUAAUCCACCCCUUAAAAAGUGUCUUCCUGGUGACUUGUACACCUGUAGCUUGAACAAUAAAAAACGGUACAUCAUAAUUGUAGCAACAUCAAAAAAGAAGAUGCAGCGACAAUUCAUGUGGAUUAUGUGUAAUUCAGCAGCAACCCCUGUACUGGCUAGCUGUGUGGGCAAAAGAUGAUGGAAUUAUGAGUUGACGUCGGCGUAAGGAUUUACAAGGGACUGACGGGAUAUGCAAAAGUGAAGUCGCAUGGUUAACCUGCAAUAAGACAAGAAACAAGACCUACAUUUGAACGUAUUCCACAGAAAAGAUAUGUUAUUGUAUAGACAAAACUUUUCCAUAAACCAAGUAAUUAACUGUUGUAUACAAUUUUUUAAAAGCAAAAAUAUCCAAAUUGUCAGUUGGAGACCUGUGACUCAUUCAUACGUGAUUGUCGAUCAAUGAAGAGACGGGUCUUUCGCCGUGUUCUAGCCUAUGAAAAACUGUAAACUGUAGGCUACUCUCUGGUAAGAGGGUAGGGAAAUAACAAAGUUCGGGAACAGCAAAAACACAGUUAAAGUCAUAAAAAAUUAAUACAUCAAUGAAGGCAUAGAUAAAUAUAUAUUAUUAACAAAUGCAUAAGUCGAUAGUGUAUUGAAAAUAAUAACAGUGAGAAAAGAAAAGCACUGAAGGAUGUGCUAUUCAUAGAAUUCUAUCAUUUUGGGAAUUCCCUGACGUCUUGGCAUGCGCACACAGUGGUUCAGCAUCAGAAGGAAGCAUGGACCCCCAAACACCCAUAUAUAAGAGCUAGACCUAGUUGAAGCAAGAAGUGUGGUUGACAACCGAUGUCUCACCCGCAGAGUGCUAACGUAAAAGUGCAUCCAAGAAAUGCUUUUCAGUGAGAAUUAAAAAGAAUCUAAUCUUCAAUCGUUUUAACCCUCCUCUGCUUCAAAAGUCCAAAGUCCGACUUUGAACCAAAAUAUACCGGUCACCAUGAAACGCUUUCUGUGUGUUGUAAAAAAGGACAAGGGAAGAUCAAAGAAAAGCAAGGCAGAGCUCAAGGAAAACAACUCUAUGGGUGCCAAAAGUAACGCCCGACAGCUUGCGAAAGAUGCUAGUGAUUGUAGCUCAGAGGCAGGUCGUGAGCCCCAAAACAACCAUGUUGCGUCCUACCCAAGAGGACACAUGGCGUGUGGCUCCAGUAUUGUCCAGAGACGGAGAAGUGAUGGGUUGACGACCGCGAGGAAUGGUGUGGCGUCAGUUCCACCAGGCGGCAACAGACACCGCUUGAGUAGCAUCAAAGAGGACAAUGGGGUACACAGAGACGAACCUAAAGAUAAUGUUUGUUGUCAAGAAGAUAAAUGGAGCCUUGAUUACCCAAAAGUUGUAUGCCAACAAGGUGGCGGUGACCGAGAAAUGCAAAGUAAGGGAAGUUCGACAACGGUUAGUUCCGAACCUUUCCUGAGCUGGCAAACUCAACCAGGUUGUCACGAGAUUCUUUUGAGUCCUCCCAUCUCGUCCUCCAACUUCCACGGGGUUGCGAUCUACUGCAAGAAAAAGACAGACCACAGGAAAUACUACCCGGUGAGAUCCGUCACCAAGGAAAACUUCCCACCGGAGUUCGCUGAUGACGACAUAGUGGAACUUUUUCUCUUGAGAGCCAAAUUGACAGUCAGGCUCCUCGCCAACUAUGUGAGCCGUAAUAGGCCAGACGGCUACACCCUAGCCAGCGAGAGAGACAAGACGACACAUGAUUACCGUUACUUCAGCGGCUGGCUCUCGGACCACUUAGGAAGCGACUGCAGCUUUGACAUGCCCUGCCCGCUCGACAAUUGCCCGUUUCCUCAACCCCACACAGUUACUGGGCCCUUCUACAUCUACACGGUAGCCCAUGGCAUUUUUGACACCUCCGAGGCGUGCAAAACCAUAAUUGAGUUUUUCUACGACGACGCGACGCGACCUGACACAAUUCUCCGGGCGGAGGGCUACAAACUGAUGUGGAAAAACAAACACCACGACAUUUGUAAAGUCGCUUGUGUCUCACACGACCCGAAGUUAGCACCCUGCCUUACUGUCAUUGAUCGAGAUAUCUCAAAAGUCAGUAAACGUCUCAAGCUGAAGACGUUUCCUGGAACCCUGGUCGCGAUCAUAUCCCAUCCGCACGGGUACGAAAAGCAUAUCAGUUUCUGCCAGGAUCUGGUGGGACAGCUGGUGCGGGAACAUGCUGAUGAUCGAGGGUUUUAUCACUUCCGGUACAAAGCAGCCACUUGCGAUUCAUGCUCGGGUGCCCCAGUGUACAUCCUCCACCCGAGCUGUCCCAGGCUCGCCGUGGCCCCUCACAGUCGCUGGUUAAAGCAGGAGGAGCUCAAUAAAAGUGGUAUGGUCAUCGGUACCUUCCAUCCGUGACCAACCUCAGCUCGCCUUGUCGAUGGUGUUGUGCUCUUGACUUUUUCUUGAUAUUUUUAAAAUCAGGCAUUAGGGUAAAGAAACAAUCAUUCUAACUUUACACAAAACCACAUUGUUUUUAUUCUAAUUUUUGUUUACAUCCUUAGUACUUGCUCUUAUUGAGGGCCCAUAGAUCGACAUAAGCAAUGGUUUUAAUACAUAUGAAGAGUUGACGUAUGUCUGUCAGCUACACCUUUAGAGAAUGUUAGUGAUAGUUGUCCGUCAAUGUCUGACGGUGACCAAUGCUUUGGUAAAGAAGAACAAUAUUUCCUUAGUGAAAUAGGAGAAUUAAGGAGAUUUGUUGCCUCUGCUAUGGCCAACGAGGCUAUUUUUUUAGAAAAGAAUUUGCCACAUUUUGAAUAUUUAACAGUUCCAUGUCUACCUGUGAAUGUGUGCGGCUUGCGGGCUUCUCUCUUGGCUUCUGCAUUUCUAAUUCAUAAAGCCUUAUACACGGUUAGAAUAUAACACCAUCAAUAUAUCGAUAAUCUGGUUAGUGCGAUGGGGUUGGGGCAGAAGCUGGUCAGGCUUCUUAUUUCAGUGUUCUUCAUCUCUACCUCGGUUUUCUUAGGCCGACACGCAUUUGAUAUCGAAUAGGCUUUGAAAAUAAACCAUGUUGCUGUGUUCAACUUAUAAGAAAGCAUAUUUUAGACUGAAAAUAAAAACCAAAAUGCUGUUGGUUACGGUAGUUGUUGGGAUUUUGUCAGGGAGUAGUUUCGUUUCUCUCUAUGUGACAUUCUUCUCGGAUGAUCAAGGGGUUUGUAAUGCGGGUAAAACGUUGAAGAAUUCGGAAAAGUAUUUUGUGAGUAGUUUUAGUCUUGUAAAAGUACGUUCUAGUCCUCAAACAUUGCAUUAUGUAAAUCAAAAAACAAUUAUUCAGGGUUUCCCCCCAUUGUUGGUUGAAGAUAUUCUACAGACCCACCACACCAGUAGGGUACCUUUUUGUGGUGAAUGGGGAAAAGGUACUAAUAAUAUAGCCUAGGGUGCUACCCUUUACAUUAGAAAGAUCAUGUAUGAAGUUAUAUAUGUAAUUUUCUUUUUGUAGCCCUCAUUUAAAACAAAAACGUUUAUAUCAUAGCUCCACCUUCGAACGCCCUUGUAUGGUACCCACUUUGCUUAACCCUUCCUCUUGUAUUGUUGUUAGAUGUCAAAGGGAGGUGCAAUUUUCGUUCAAGGGCUGGGUAGGUGGCUUUUGUUGUUGAUCUGUUGUUAGCGAUUAUUCUUAAUAAAACAAAAUGAAUUUCUAGUUUGUGAAAUGGGGUUUGUAGCCAAUUCUUGCAUAUUAUUGUGUAAAGUCAAUAUUAAAUGGGAACACUAUUUGAUUUGAAGCCGAGAAUUGAUAUUAUACAGGGGAAAUUCUUGGUAAGAAACUAUGACUAUUGUUAGUGAAGCUACCUAUAUUCUUUCCGAAAGAACAUUCGAAGUAACAUUUUCUGUCAUAAUGAUAUGCCCAUGAAAUAACACCUUUUCUAAAGAGGAAAAAGUGUGUGUGAUACAGGGUAAGCUGAAGUGCUUUCUAUAAGUCAAAGGGGUUCUAGUCUUCAAAUAAUACGAGAAUAGUGCAAUGGUUUUCAAAUGUCUAGUCAAUAUACCUCCCCCCUCCUCCUCCUCC